AUGAGCAGCACGACGCACACCGUCGCGGCGAGCGGCGGGCCGCAGGAGGUCCGCCUGGGCGAGGACGUGAUGACGGUCCUGCCACUCGGCAGCGGCUGCGAGGUCGGCCGCUCUGCCGUCGUGGUCAAAUUCAAGGGCUCGACCGUCAUGUUUGACUGCGGCGUGCACCCGGGCCGCACCGGCUACGACGCGCUGCCCUUCUUCGACGAGAUCGACCCGACGGAGGUGGACCUGCUGCUGGUGACCCACUUCCACAUGGACCACUGCGGCGCGCUCCCAUUCUUCCUGCAAAAGACGGGCUUCGGCGGCCGCACCUUCAUGACGCACCCGACCAAGGCGGUGUGCAAGCUGCUGCUGCACGACUCGGUCAAGAUCGGGCACGACGACGGCCGCAUGUGGGACGAGGCCGACCUCGUCGCCGCCAUGGACCGCAUCGAGCUCAUCAACUACCACCAGGCCGCCGUGCUCUCGCACAAGGGCAUCCGGUUCUGGUGCUACAACGCGGGCCACGUGCUCGGCGCGGCUAUGUUCAUGAUCGAGGUUGAACCUUCCGAGACCCUUCCGAGACCCUUCCGCGACCCUUCCGCGACCCUUCCCGCGGCAGGUGCCGAGACGCCGACGGACCCGCCGCAUGUGCUCAUCGUCGAGUCGACGUACGGGGUGAUGUCGCACGAGCCGCGCGAGCUGCGAGAGCUGCGCUUCACCGCCGCCGUGCACGCGAUCUUGCAGCGCGGUGGAAAGUGCCUCAUCCCGGUCUUUGCGCUGGGGCGGUCGCAGGAGCUGCUGCUCAUCCUCGACGCCUACUGGCGCGAUCACCCCGAGCUGCACAAGGUGCCUCUGUACUAUGCGUCUGGCAUCGCCAAGCGCUGCAUGCGCAUCUACCAGACGUACAUCAACAUGAUGAACGAGAACAUCCGCGACGCACACGCGACGGGCCGCAACCCGUGGGAGUUUGAGUUUGUGCGCAACUUGCCCUCGUCUGCCCAGUUCAACGACUCGCAGCCGAUGGUCGUGAUGGCGUCGCCAGGCAUGCUGCAGCAAGGCCUGUCUCGGGAGCUCUUUGAGCUUUGGUGCUCCGACCGGCGGAACGGGCUCGUAAUGCCGGGCUACUCCGUCGUCGGCACGCUGGCCAACCACCUCCUCUCCGAGCCAAAAGAGAUCCAGACGAGCGGCGGCGACUGGGUCGCCGUCAACCUCACCAUCACCUACGUGUCCUUCUCUGCGCACUCCGACUUUACGCAGACGUCCGAGUUCAUCUCCGCCACGCGGCCACGCCACGUCAUCCACGUGCACGGCGGCGAGGAGGAGAUGAAGCGCCUCGCCCGCGCGCUCGCCAAGCAGUACAGCCCGAAGGAGGUCGAGUUCCUGACGCCUCAGAACUGCCAGCCCGUGCAGCUUCGCUUCCCGGGAGAGAAGAUUGCGCGUGUCGUCGGCUCGCUGGCGGAGGAGGAGCCGUCGGACGGCGCGCCGCUCGAGGCGCUUCUCCUGCUCAAGGAGAACAAGUACACCCUGCUCGCCCCCGCGGACCUCCACACGGCCACCGACCUCGCGACCACGCGGCUGCUGCAGCGGCCCCGCUUCCGGUUCGAGCGGCCGCCCGCCGCGCUCCUCUCGGCCGUCGGUCGUAUCUUUGAGCAGGCGGGGGAGGAGGCGGCAGAGGAGGGCGGGCCUUCGGCGUUGGCACGCCGGUGGCUGGUGCAGGGGCUGGUGGCGGUGGAGGUGUCGCCGGCGAGCAGCCUGGCGGUGCUGGAGUGGGAGGCGGACCCGAUCGCCGACACAGUCGCUGACGCGGUGUCGGCGCUGCUGCUGCAGCUGCAGGCCCAGCAGUUGCCCGAGGUGGCGGCGGCGGAGGAGCCCGCGGGAGGCGGCGGCGGCGGCGAGGGAGGCGGCGGCGGCGCAGGGGGCGGGCUCGACUUCGCCUUGCGGGUGCUCGCAGAGCAGUUUGGCGCGGUGGAGGAGGAGGAGGCGGGCGGGGCAAGGCGGCUGCAGGUCGCCGGCCACGCUGUCCGGCUGCACGGCGCGUCGCUGCCGUUCGAGCGCAUCGAGAGCGAGAGUGAGUUCGCGCUGCAGCGCGUGCGCGACGUGCUCGCGCGGGCGCUGGACGCUUGCCGGCCCGUGGCGGCGUGA